GCUGCUGCCGCUACCGCCCAUGCAGCAGCAGCAGCAGCACAAGACGCAGCAGGCAGCAUGCGGAAGCGGCGGUGGAGGGAUGCAAAGUGGCGGUGCAGGGGUGCAGGGUGGUGGAGCACCCGGGGUGUUGAACCAUGCUGGGGUGCUACUUCCGAACAUGAAGGCCGUCUACUCCACACUCCUCGAAAUCGCUCUGGCGCUGCGGCACAUGCACUCGCUGCACCUGGUGCACUGCGACCUCAAGCCGCAGAACGUGCUGCUCAAGUCAAGCCCCAGGGACCCGCGCGGAUUCACAGCCAAACUAAGCGACUUUGGGCUGUCCAAAAUGCUGGAAGCGGAUGAGGAGGGGCAGCUGGUGAUUGACGACGGAAUCCAAAGCGGGACCAUCACACACCUGCCGCCGGAGGUGCUGCAAGGCCGCCGACAGUUGGGCCCUGCGGUGGACAUCUACGCCUUCGGCAUCGUCAUGUUCCAGAUGCUGUGCGGCAUGACGGUGUACCGCGGUCUGGACAUGAAGCAAGUGAUCCGGGGGGUGGUGCGGCACGGCUUGCGGCCUAUCUUCCCCUCCUGGGUGCCACACGAGUACAGGGACCUAGCUCAGCGCUGCUGGCAGGUGCAGCCCUCCCUGCGCCCCGCCUCGCUGCAACUGGUAGCCGAGCUGGAGUCGCUGCUGCAAGCAACGCAGCAGGCGGCGGUGGCGAUGGGGCGUGGCGGUGGCGAUGGAGCAUCACUGGCAUCACUGCUGACCACGACAGCCAGCAGCAAUGCCAUCAAAGCAGCAGCAGCAGCAGCAGCAGCACCAACACUACAAGCAGCACCAGCAGCAGCACCAGUAGGGGCAGCCACUAUUGCGACGACGAUGACUACCACCACUGAUGGGAUUCAGGCCGGUCCUGCUGCUGGUGCAGGUGGUAAUGGGGGUGGUGGUGGAAGCGUUGCUGCUGCAGAUCGGAACGCGCCGUACAUCGUGUAUCAGCCCCCACAGCAGCUGUACCGUCCCGCCACUACUGGGGGAGCUACGAGGAGGGCGACGGCGACGGGGACGGUUCCGACGGGGAGUGUGUAGAGUGGAGGUGAGUGCGGCUUAGGGCCUUAGGCAUGGGGUUACAAGCUGCAUGACAUGUGGAUGAGGAGGAGCUGGAGGGUGGAUGUGUUGGGCAAGGCGGGCAAGGCACCGGAGCGAGUGUGCUGAACAUUGGGCAAACCAAUGGCAAUGGGAGGUUGUUGUACGGGUUGGACGCGACAGUGUGAAGAUGAUUUGAAAAUGGAUUUGGUACUGUCUGGACAGAGAGAGAGGAGGCGUAAUGGAGGGGAUGGUUGAGCAAAGUGCUGCGUGGUAUGGUAUACCGGUAUUGUUUAAUACCUCCAAGAUGUGUCAUGCUGUUCAUUGCCGUUAUUGUGGAACCGGGAUGCCUAUGGCAAGCGGAAUAUAUCUAGAUUUCAAUGAUGUGAAGGACACAUCACUGCAGAGUCCGUAAAAGCUAUUAAAGCGGUACUGCCAUUCCCUCAGGUAUGGCUGGUACGAUUGUUGCCGUUUGAACGUUUUGUUAAACACAAUGGCCGCUAGCGCGUAGGCCGCAGCGAGCUCGCAAGCAAGCAAGAGACGUACAUGAGUUUAAUACAUCACAAGAUACGCAGAUCUUGUGAUAAUGCUUACGUGGCGAGGUAGGAGUCAGUUGCGCUUCAGUGUUGUACCAGUUUUUUGAGGUUUUAUUUUCUGUCGUGGAGACUUAGAGAAGAGAAAGUGCUUUGAGAACGCGGACCUAUUGAAAAGUUACUGUUGCCAGUAAAUCCUUUUGUUUGAGCGCUGUGAACAGUGAGUUAAGAUGUCACGGCAUGGGUCGUGCGUUUAAACAUCCGCCUGGCGGGUUAAAUUAAUACUUACUUUCAUGGCGGUAAUUUGGUAGAUGGCUUUGAAGCGUCCGACUGAGUCCUCUGCGGUUAAGUUGUCAUUUUCGGUUAGGAAGGAUCCACUCAGCUAACAUGCGCAAAGUUGUGAUUCUGGAUCCUGGUCGGACGUUUGACACCUGGUUCACGCGCCAUAAAGUCUCGUGUGUUAAUUGGACGUCGUCACGCCUGAGGGGGAUUACUGAACUCUGUGGUGUCGUACGGAGGGUAAUCCAGGAGGCUGCCUGGGAACGGGGGAGCAGUUUGGAUGUACUUGCGCAGCCUGGGGGAAGGAGGGGAGGAGGCAGUUGGGACACUGGCCGCGCCGUAGUAGGAGUGUGCUUACGGUCGCCGCCCAUCCCAUGCAGGUGUGCAGGACCGGAUUGGUUUCUCUUCAACCGUUUCGAUUGCUGCUUAUUGAGGCCGCCCUUACACUCCAUUCGUGUGGUUGGUCUUGCAGAACAGAGAUGCGAAGUGAUAUUACCGUACUGGUGUCGGGUGUCGGAAUGGAAGGGGCGCAUGCCUGUGGCUGUUAGCAUGGCGUAGCGCUAGUUCCGUAUUGAGAACUUCAGGAUAGGGACAGUGCAGCGUAAUGGUACUAUGGUAGUGUGAGGGUGAAAGGCGGAGCAGCGUGCUGUAUGGUUUAUGG